UUCGCUUGUUUACAUUCUUCGACGGCUCUGGCUACCUUGCGAACGAAAACGCUAGCAGCUUUUCUCCAAAAAAUUAUGGUUGACAGUUGAUUAGGUUUGUGUACUUAUUACAGUUUUUAGCUGUAUUUUCUUUCUGUUGUCGCUGGGAUCAUGGCUUCAGCUCGCUGCUGGUGCUGUCUCUGGCUAACGUUACCACUCCUCCUGCUGCGGUGGCCGGGGCUGCUUGUGACGGCGGAACAGGUCGCUUUGGUGGAGGUUUUCCAGGAGCAGCCGCCCGAUGUCAGCACUCUGCUCCAGGGGGAGGUGGUGGGGUCCAGCGGGGGCAGCAGAAGCUCCGAAGACCUAGAGGAGCUGGAGGGAGAGUUGGUCCUGGUUCAAGAUGAGGAGACGCAGGUGAGUGGAGAAAUAAAGGAGGAUGACGCCAAAGAGCAGGAGCUGUGGAUUGGGGUGGUGCCUGUGGAUAUGGACGACAGCAAAGCCUCCACUGGGAACCAGGAGUCCUUCGCUGAUGCAAUGGUCAAUAAAAUGAAGCGAGCCUUGGUCCUAGGAGCUUCAGCGCUGAUCAUCCUGGCUCUCAACCAAAACACCGUCAGUGAGAUGGACCUUUCUCAGGUGCUGUCCAAACCAAUCAUUGUGAUCCAGACAUCUGAAAAUGUCACUAAGCUGAUUGGAGCUCUGCUCAGGGGCCUCCAGGCGACAGCGAAAAUCACAUACAGGACCAUCUUGCAGGACAACCUGGGAGCCACGCUCACGCUAUGGUCCAGCUGCGGCCGAUCGAGAGGCGGGCGCUACGGAGAGUGGCAGGGGGUCAUCUGCACGGGAGAGACCAACUCACAGGUCCAGAAAUACCUGCAGCAGCUGUGGGACACUGUCCUCCUGGUGGCUCUGAUCCUCAGCACCGGAGUCAUCGUUCAGGCUCGCUGGCAACACCAGGACCACCAGCUCAAUGACGACUUGGAGCUCCUUCCCAAACAGGACGUUCUGAAGACGAUGUCGUCUCUGAAGACCAAAACAUAUCGUCAGCCAAAACCCUGGUGUGACACAUCGCAGCCGCUAGAGACGGACAACUGCGCCGUCUGUCUGGAGCCGUUCAACAACAACCAGUGUCUGCGGGUGCUGCCGUGUCUUCACGAGUACCACAGAGACUGUGUCGACCCCUGGCUGCUGCUGCAACACACCUGUCCUCUGUGCAAACGCAGCAUCCUCAGCAGCGUCUGCAAAGACAGUUAACGGUUGCCUCACCUCCUCCACCGUCGCAGCAGCAGCAGCAGCAGCUCUGGAAUCGGCUCUCGUCUUCGGUGACACUCCAGUAGCUGUGUUUUUGUUUUUUUCCCCCCUUUACUGACCUCGCCGCUUCCUCCUUCCAGCAAUGGACUGUGGGAGCCAAUCUAAACUUCUCACCGCAGUUGACUGGCAGUCCAGACUGUGGAGCAGUUGGAUUUUGACCUCUGACCUUCGUAUGGGUCUCGCAGGUAUACAGUGGUUGUAUAAACACAAUACUAUGAAGUUACUGUACCGGUACUGUUGUGUAUGAACAGUAUUUCUUCCUGGGAUCAUGUUACUGUACAGCUGUGUAAAUAUUUGUUUGUAUGUGUGAUGUACAGCCGUGAAGAUGUGACUCUUCACACCAACACCUUCUGUUCUGUUCAAACAGCUGAGCAACAAAUCGUUUGGCUUUUAAUCGGCAACGAUGACUCAGCUUUUUGUGCACAAACAUUCAGUGCUUUCUGAUUUUAAAACACGUACGUAUUGAAUGACUGGCCAGCGUCAACGUUCACUUUAGGUCCAAAUGAUGUCAAUAACCAACUUAUUAAGUGGACUAACUGAGUUUAAACAUGACUGAUAUCAUCUCGUGUCCAAACUCCAUCCAUCCAUCCAUUUUCUACCGCUUAUCCUCUAGUAGGGUCGCGGGGGGGCUGGAGCCUAUCCCAACAUCUUUUCGGGCGAGAGUGUCCAAACUCAUGAUUCACAAUUAAGUGUUAGUUGUAGAGGUUCUGUAGUUGUAGUGCAGAAUUAACUGUGCCACAGUUGGUAGCAGAUGUGGGAAAAAAAAGUCUUUGCACUUGUCCUUAACUUGCCUUAUUACUUCAAUGCAGAUUGAGAGAAAACACAAACACACCUCCUGAAUUAUACUUUGAAACUUGACAUGUUUAUGUAACCGUAGCUAAUUCAGUUGUAGUUGCGCUGACAGAGAUAGAGAUGUUACACGUGUAGUUUGUGGAGUCUGUGGCCUCAGCUUCGUUGGAUUUUCACCUCUUUGAUUUAUUUUUAUCUUUGGGUCUGUGUGAAGAAGUCUGUUUCUGAUAGCAGAGUCACACAGACAAGAAUGUGCAUCUCAUAUCAUGUGACUUCUCUUACUCCUCUGACAUAAAGCUUCACAGUUGAUCAUAAUAAUUGAAGUUCAAAUUUUGUACUUGAAAGCAACUGCCUGAUUUCAGUGCUGAGUUUCCAUUUAAAGAAAUAAGACCAAAUUAACAAAUUUAAAAAAAAAAAACUGUCAAAAUGUCAGAAUUUUGCAGAAGGAUGUGUAAACUAUAUGUUUACAUACAGUUAAGAAUCUACAUCACAGAACAGGAAAAUUGUGUGAAAUCUGAGGUAAUUUUCUGUCAAAUGUCCUUGUGCAGGACAAUUUAAAACUUACCAAAGGUGGGUCAACAAUCAAGAUACAACUCAACAUCUCAACAUUGAGGAAAAUAAUUCAAGGUCUAACUGUGCAGCUGUACAUUGAAGUCAACACAUUCUACUGCUAAAGGAAAAAGUCAAAUCCACUUGUUUUUUUUGCAUCCUGUGAGUGAUGAGCCAAAGACAAAGGAUGUCAAAAACAUAGUAUUAUGGUAUUUAUUUUAUGGUUUGUUUUUUUUUUUUUUUUUGCAAUGUCAACUCCAAAAAGCAAAUUACAUGUGUGUUUUUUGUUACAAAAUGCUCUGAUAGAUCUGUUCUCUUCAUAGAAAAUAGUCUGUGCAUGGCAACAUGUAGGUGGUUUCCCUACAGCUAGUGUGAGAGACGCGAGGCGCCUCUGUACAGCAUGUGCUUCCAAAAACAAACACCACAGCAUCAUAACGAGAUGGUUAUAGCGUCUCUAGACUUCUUUUUUUGUUUUGGUUUUUGCGAAGGCUGGACAACAGUGGUUUGAACUGGGUGGAUGACAUCACAUGCAUGCAAUUGAACGUUACAUGCAAGCAGCUGUCACACAAGCUACUCGCACAGAGUGAGUAGUGAGAGCAACACAGUCCACCGCUGAUGUCCAGACUUGAUCACCAGGUCAGUAAUUGUUCUUCCAGCUACAGAAGGAACGGCAGUCUCUCUAAAAACCCUCAUCCUUUGUAUUCCUAAGUUGUCUACUUGAUGAUGAUGAUGUCAAAGAAACUUAAUUCAGUCUCUCUGGAUCUUAAUAAUAAAUUGAUUUGUUACUUGGCAAAAAUAAAAGGUCUUACUCUUUGUCCUCAG